GUAGUCCGUAUGCAGCAUGCCUGUCUGUUUUACUCUCUAACAUGUCCUGAAAUCUGAAACAAGCAUAUCACAAUAGCCUGGCCACUACUUUCUAGUGUUAGUGAGAGCACAAAAUGAGACGUGUCAAGGACUUGGCUACUUGCAGGCAUGUUUGUAUAUCAUCAAGCAUGCUGAUAAAACCUGUCCAUAUCGAUUUCUCAAAUGCCUUGCUAGUGUGCUUGAUUGACACCCGAGCUGGUCUACUCCGAGAGAAAAUAUGUAUGGAAGAUGCCUGUGCUUCUCAUGGUAUGGACAAAAGAAAUUACUGGAAGUGCUGCACAGAACAAAACAUGGUGUUGAGCCGUUAAGCCUCCCAAGAUGAUUGAGCAAUGGUUGAUGUGCUGAUUGCUGCGAACGGGAUCAGUUGCCUAAUCUGCUUACUAUAACUAGUUCAAGUCGAC